GCGGCACCCAAAAUCGCCUUAUGGUUAAGACUUCAACGGGUUUGUAUGUCUGCGGGAAUUUGUUUCAGUUAAAGCGCUAAAAGAUAAGCAACGAGAACUACAGUGGAUUUAUCACCGUGGAUAUUGUGUUACAUUUGAAGAUACCAGGAUUUCGUAUCAAUUGAAAGACAGACUUCGUCCCCCCGGUCCUGUGAUACAGGUGUUGUUGCCGUCCUGUGACGGAUUGAUCCUCUCAGCUGUCUGGUGUGAAGAAGAGAGGAAGCAAAAAUGCCAAAACCGAUCAACGUCCGUGUGACCACCAUGGAUGCAGAGCUGGAGUUUGCCAUCCAACCUAACACCACAGGAAAACAGCUCUUCGACCAGGUGGUGAAGACAGUGGGACUGCGGGAAGUCUGGUUCUUUGGCCUACAGUAUGUGGAUAGUAAAGGCUACAUCACCUGGCUCAAACUCAAUAAGAAGGUGACCCAGCAGGAUGUGAAAAAAGAGAAUCCUCUGCAGUUUAAGUUCAGAGCCAAGUUCUUCCCUGAGGAUGUCUCAGAGGAACUAAUCCAGGAGAUCACACAGAGACUCUUCUUCCUGCAGGUGAAAGAGGCCAUCCUGAACGAUGAGAACUACUGUCCCCCAGAGACAGCUGUGCUGCUAGCAUCCUACUCUGUCCAGGCCAAGUAUGGAGACUACAGCAAAGAUGUCCACAAGCCUGGCUACCUUACCCAUGACAGACUGCUGCCUCAGAGAGUCUUGGAGCAGCACAAGCUGACCAAGGAGCAGUGGGAGGACAGGAUACAGACUUGGCACGAAGAACACAGAGGAAUGCUCAGAGAGGACUCUAUGAUGGAAUAUCUUAAAAUUGCCCAGGACUUGGAAAUGUAUGGCGUCAACUACUUUGAAAUCAAAAACAAAAAGGGCACACAGCUGUGGCUAGGCGUGGAUGCCCUUGGCCUCAACAUCUAUGAGCACGAAGACAAGUUGACCCCAAAGAUUGGCUUCCCCUGGAGUGAGAUUCGAAAUAUCUCUUUCAAUGACAAGAAGUUUGUCAUCAAACCUAUUGACAAGAAAGCACCUGACUUUGUGUUUUAUGCCCCGCGUCUGCGUAUCAACAAGCGGAUCUUGGCAUUGUGUAUGGGUAACCAUGAGUUGUACAUGAGACGGAGAAAGCCAGACACCAUCGAGGUGCAGCAGAUGAAGGCUCAGGCCCGGGAGGAGAAGCACCACAAGCAGAUGGAGAGGGCUCAGCUGGAGAAUGAGAAGAAAAAGAGAGAGUAUGCGGAGAAAGAGAAGGAGAGGAUAGAGCGUGAGAAGGAAGAGCUCAUGGAGAGGCUGAGGCAGAUCGAAGAGCAGACGAUGAGAGCUCAGAAAGAGCUUGAGGAACAGACUCGCCGGGCCAUGGAGCUGGAACAGGAGAGAAAGAGAGCGAGAGAGGAGGCCGAGAGGCUGGAGAGAGAGAGGCAAGCAGCUGAGGAGGCCAAGGGCGAGCUGGCCAAACAGGCUGAAGACCAGCAGAAGACCCAGGAGCAACUGGCCGCUGAACUGGCUGAGUACACAGCCAAGAUCGCUCUCCUGGAAGAAGCCAAGAGGAAGAAGGACGAAGAGGCCACAGAAUGGCAGCACAAGGCUCUGUCAGCCCAGGAAGACCUGGAGAAGACCAAGGAGGAGCUGAAGACGGCAAUGACUGUGGUGCCAGCACCUCCAGGCGGCAGCGCUGAGAGCGAGCACGAUGAGCAGGAUGAGAACCACGCGGAGGCCAGUGCCGAACUCUCCAAUGAGGGCGUCAGCCAGCUAGACCUCCGCAGUGAAGAGGCGCGCGUCACUGAGGCCCAGAAGAACGAGAGGGUCAAGAAACAGCUGCAGACAUUAAGUUCAGAGUUGGCCGAUGCCAGAGAUGAAACCAAGAAGACACAGAACGACGUGCUACACGCAGAAAACGUGAAAGCAGGCCGAGACAAAUACAAAACGCUGCGGCAGAUCCGACAGGGCAACACAAAGCAGCGCAUCGAUGAGUUUGAGUCCAUGUGAGAACAGCACCUCCGUCCCCUCGCCACUCUGUCCGUCAGGGGGUGCCUGCUCCCAAACUUUCCCCUCAGCAGCUGCUCAAUUUUCAUGGACAACAGAUGCUGCCGUCCUUGUAAUCUUACCAAGUCCCCCUCAACACCCUCAGGCAACCUUGAGAAAUCAUCUUGUCACACUUUGCCAAAGUCCUGCCCCACAUUUCCACUCUCCACUAUGGAUUUCUCCCUCAUAUGGAGCUGCCUACACGUCACUCUGAAGAAGCAAAUAUCGUCAUACUGCAGAGACCUGUAAUCCUUAUGCACAGGGCAAAAGAGAAACUAUAAAACCAAAAAUGGAAGCAAUUGGAUUUUUUAUUUUGAGCAAACGUGGCCAUAGAAAGCUACUUUUUGCUGUUGUUUUUUUGUUUUGCUUGAUGACUUGUAUGCAAAGGUUUAGUAUGAUUUCAUUACUUCAGUUAAUGAUUACCUUUCCUCUCCUUGUUUUUAAGUCGAUCCCCUCUGCUUUUUUUUGACUCGUUUUAUUGAUGACGCCCUUCUUUUUAAUUGUCUGUCGAACACUUUGAUGCUAGGUUUAGUCCUAGGCUAAGAAUAAAGACUGGAGUUGGGGAUAAAUGAGUUUUCCAUUCAACGUCAAAGCACUGCUGUUACAUCAUGUCAAAACAUAUCACAAGCUAGUUAUGCUAAUAUUCUUAGAAUCUGUGACUCAUUAGAGAGCUGAGGUCAUUUCAGUCAAUUCAAUCAAUUCAAAGUGUGUUUUGAAUGUAACAUUUAUAUUUACAUACAAAAUGACGCUGCAGUGUUUUAAUAGUUUAAUUUCAGGCUGAAUAUCAAGAAUGGCAGUAUUUUUCAUUUUUCUGUGAAUGAAACUGAAGUGAACUGACCCUCGUAGGGAAAAGAGCCACCCAACUUUUCACACGGCAGGUUUUGAUGAACGAAUGUAGCAAAGUUAACAAAGGGAAAGUGUUUUUUUACAUGCAGAGGUGAUAGGCUAGCAUGUAAUGAGCUUGUGCCACUGAGCUAUCGGCCUCGUGCUUAAAAGUGUUAUGAAGAUAAGCUAAUUGGUAGGUGUGUGUGCGUGUUUUUUUUUUGUUGCAUCUCAGUGUUUAAUUCCCAGUCACCAUAGAUGUUUUUCUCUGCCUACCAGCUCACAAAGGAGCCCAGGGUAUUAAAUGGACAGACAGAGAAGCAGAGAGAUGAGUGCUUUGUCUAGGCUCUUUGUCUGACUGUCCAACCAUUAGAGUGUGUGUGUGUGUGUGUGUGUGUGUGUGUGAGGGGAAAAAAAGCAUAAACAAAAAUGUAGAUGUGUGGUAGCUGAGGCCUGGCCCCUCUCUGACUGGGGAGCUUAUGAAAACAUCAGUCCUGCACCUUGGACAAAUCUCUACCUCAGUAAUGUAAUAUUAGCAGUGGUGACUGCCAGUCAAACACUGAGGGUGCCCCCGCCCCUCCAAAACCCCCAAAAUAAGGUCAAUGUUUUACUUGGUUGCUGUUACAUCCUUGUGCAGGCUAUGUUUUCUCAGAGCUCAGUGUUAAUGCUUUCAAGAGAACAUUAAGGGUCUAUGUAAAACAUACCUCCUCUAGGUUAGCAAGUGUUGUGUGUCUCUCUUUGCUCCUUGCUCAGAUGUUUUGGUUCAUUCUAAUUUUGUCUGGAAAUAAAAUCCCAAACAAUGAAGAAGGUGAAAUAAAUAAAUGCUGCAAAUAUCAGAAUGGAGAUACUGUAAAGAGUUCUCUUUUUAAAAAGCUAGUUCAUUUUGGCAUUACCUAACAGGGUCCUGUGAGGCAUUUGGUUCUUAGGAGCCACAAGUUGUUGGUGGUGACAGGCUGGGUCUACAGAGCUGCCUGGACUCAUUUUAAAAAGAGGCUCUCAUGCAUAAUAAUGAAUAUGGCCUUCAUUGUCUACUCAGAAUUUUGUCUGUUGCAAUUUCACUUUAAGGAGACGGUGUGCAGACCAGCAGUGGAUUAAUGGGACUGCAACUUAUGAAUAUUUAAAAAGAUGAGUUAUUAGUAAGUCUUAUGUGAAGGGACCUUGCUAUUGUUAUUUGUGUAAAUCAAAGGCCAAUUUUCUUCCCCUGAACUCCUAUAAAAAAAAUUCCUGUCUUACAUUAACAUUGCUUAGACAACAAAUUGACUCCAUCAUUUGUGGGGUGGAAAAUUUGUUCCAGGGUGCAUUUUUUGAAAUGAGUGAACGUUAAGUUUUCCUUUUUUAUUUUAUUAACAAUAUGAUGAAAAAUGUUUAUUAUUUGUUACGCUAUACUUGACAGCUGGUGUAGGUUGAUAUUUUUUUAAUAGUCAAGAGUUUUAAAGUUAAAGCUGGGGUAGGCAAUUUAUUCUGAAGUAUUUUUGUUUUUAGUUGAAAUUGCAUACCGACGGCAAUCAAUAAAUAAAAUGCUCUGACACAAAUGUAAUAAGAAUCUGGUAUCUGUGGCUACGCGGAACUGUAAUAAGCACGGCCAAUCAUCUAGCUGUCUAUUUCUCCAGUGUUGCCUACCCCAGCUUUAAAGAAUUUGUAUGAAACAAGACACUGAAGCCUGCCUUUUGUGUUUAACUUCAGUGUCCAUUGUUAUUGUUGUGUUUGCCAUAGCAGGUGGGGAAAAAAUUAUCCUGUGCUUCCAGCUCAUAUUUUUGUAUUGUGUUCAAAGGUCCUAAACCAGCAGCACACAUCGCUAUGCUGAACAGCUUCAUUCGAGGGGAAAAUUCUUGUAGACACGUCCACACCCCUAAACCCCCCCACAUUCAAGCUGUGAGGCUUCAGUUAGUUUGUCUUCACAGCAGAAUGUUAUUGGCCUGCCUGUCCCUCCAAUGAAGCCAAUGUCUGCGAUGAUGCCUGCUCCGACACCAGCUGUCACUUUGCCGCUUCUUUUUUUUUUUCUCUCCAUAUGUUCAUGUUAGUAUUCUUUAAGAUAGAAGGCACAGAUGGAUUGCAGUCCAUGUCAUUGGUUCACAAAUAAAAGUUUUAAAUUUUGA